ACUAACCUAGCUACUUCCAUAGCUAAAAUUUCUCUCUAAAUUUAUUUGGAUGGCGGAAUCACGGUGGCGUUUCGGAGGAAACUCAAAAGUGAUUGGAGCGGGAGCGAUGACAUUGAGAGGGGUGAUGGAUGGAGUUGUAAAAACUUUAGAUGAAAAUAAUGGUAAAAGCGUUAUUCAUUUAAGCCAAGGGGAUCCCUCCGCCUUCCCUUCCUUUCGCACCUCGGUUUUCGUGGAGGAGGCCGUCUCCAAUGCCCUUUGCUCGGCCAACUUCAACGGCUACUCGACCACCGCAGGUCUCCCCGCCGCCCGCAGUGCUGUAGCAGAAUAUCUAUCCAAAGACCUUCCCUACAACGUAACAUGUGAUGAUGUUUUCCUAACCAAUGGAUGCACCCAAGCAUUGGAAGCCGCUCUAACCGCCCUUGCCUGCCCUGGGGCAAACAUUCUACUUCCCCGGCCUGGCUAUCCAGACUACGAGGCUAGGGCAGCCUUCGCGGGCCUUGAGGUCCGCCACUAUGAUCUUGUCCCGGAAUUGGACUGGGAGGUUGAUCUGGCCGCCGUUGAAGCCUUGGGAGACGAGAACACAGUCGCCAUCGUUAUUAUAAAUCCUGGGAAUCCAUGUGGGAAUGUUUUCAAAUAUGACCACUUGAAAAAGAUUGCAGAAACAUCAAGAAAGAUGGGGAUAUUAGUGAUUGCAGAUGAAGUUUAUGGCCAUCUCACUUUUGGAAGCAAUCCUUUUACACCAAUGGGAGUUUUUGCAUCAAUUGCACCAAUUAUUACCCUUGGAUCAUUGUCUAAAAAAUGGAUAGUACCAGGUUGGAGAAUUGGUUGGCUUGUCCUUAAUGACCUAGAUGACAUCCUCAUUAAGCAUGGGAUUGUUGACACCAUCAAAGGUUUUUUUAACAUUUCGUCUGACCCAGUGACCUUUAUACAGGCGGCGCUUCCCGAGAUUCUAUUAAAAACUCCAACUGAAUUCUACGAUAAAAUUGUGAAUCAGUUAAGAGAAUCAGCAGACAAAUGCUACAAACUUACCAAUGAAAUCCCAGGCAUCAGCUGCCCCAUCAAACCUCAAGGAUGCAUGUUUCUUAUGAUAAAACUGGAUUUGUCGAAGCUAGAAGGGAUUAAGGAUGAUUUGGACUUCUGUUGCAAACUGGCUAAGGAGGAAUCGGUUGUGCUUGUUCCAGGGGUCGGAUUAGGGUUGAAGAAUUGGGUGAGAGUGACAUUUGCUGUGGAGGAAUUGUACAUCGACGAAGCCUUUGGAAGAAUGAGAGCUUUCUGUGAAAGACAUGCCAAGAAACAUACAAAAAUAUUAUAUCAUGUUGAAUCACCUAUCUUAGAUUUUGUCUAUGUUUAGUCAUGAUACAUUUAGGUGAUUAAUUUAUUGCUAUUUUGUAAAAUAUGUAUGUUUACGUGCGUAGUGUUUA